AGCCGCGUUGGUGUUUACUGAUGACGUUUGGGCUGAAACCGUUGUCCGAUGUGGCUAACGUCAGUCACCAAGAUAAAUAUGUUAUAUUAAACGUAAAACUCAAUAAAUAGCUGCAGGAUACAAGCGGGUGUCAAGACGAGGACAAGAUGUUGGAGUCCUAUGUCACACCGCUCCUGAUGAGCUAUGUGAACAAGUACAUUAAGAAUCUGAAGCCAUCUGACCUGCAGCUGUCUCUCUGGGGAGGAGAUGUGGUGCUCAGCAAGCUGGACCUGAAGCUGGAUGUGCUGGAACAGGAGUUGAAGCUGCCCUUUACAUUCAUGAGCGGUCACAUCCAUGAGCUGCGUAUCCACGUACCCUGGACCAAGCUGGGCUCGGAGGCUGUCGUCAUUACCAUCAACACGAUGGAGUGCAUCCUCAAGCUGAGGGAUGGAGCCCAGGAUGACCAUGAGAGCGGCUCUAGCUCCACCAGUCGCAGUGUCUCAGACAGCUCCAAGGCCGUGGCCAAGCCCCGCCGCCUCCAGCAGGCUGCCCCGAGCGACCCGGACCUGCCCCCAGGUUACGUGCAGAGUCUGAUACGGCGCGUGGUGAACAACGUGAACAUCGUGGUGAACAACCUGAUCCUCAAGUACGUGGAGGACGACAUCGUGCUGUCGGUCAACAUCACCUCGGCGGAGUGCUACACUGUGGACGAUAUGUGGGAGAGGGCCUUCAUGGACAUCGCUGCUCCAGAGCUGGUACUUAGGAAAGUGAUCAACUUUGCUGACUGUACCGUGUGCUUGGACAAGAGGAACGCCAGUGGCAAGAUCGAGUUUUACCAGGACCCGCUGCUUUACAAAUGCUCCUUCAGGACGCGUCUUCAUUUCACCUACGACAACAUCAAUUACAAGAUUCCGUCCGUCAUCAAAAUCCAGACCAUGGUGGAGAGCCUGAAGUUGUCUAUUACUGAUCAGCAGCUGCCCAUGUUUAUCCACAUUUUAGAGCUGAUUAUUGCUCUCUACUAUGGGGAAAUCGGAGGACACAAAGAGGGCGAGGGAGAGGAGGGCAGUGUCCAUGUCAGGGAGGCUGGAGCAAUUUUACCUGGGAUGGAUGUGGAUACAGAGAGCCAGGGUGCUAUCCAGUACUCCAGCCAUGACCUCUACAUGCAGUCUGGGGGUCCUGAAGAGGGAGACCAGGGUUGGGUGUCCUGGGCUUGGUCCUUCGUCCCAGCCAUCGUAGACUUAGAGGAGGGAGACGAGGAAGGCCUCUACCAGCAGGGAGAGGCAGAAGGCAUCCCCACCAACCCACAGCAACACGCACCCAAAGACCCCAUCGUUUCUAUCGGCUUCUACUGCACCAAAGCCUCUGUUACCUUCAAGCUGACAGAGACCCAGUCAGAGAGCAGCUACUACAGCCCUCAGAAGGUCAAGUCCAGAGAGGUGCUCUGCCUGGAGCAAGAGGGAAUCACUAUUGAGGUGCUGAUGAUGGGGGAGCCCUUCUUCGAUUGUCAGAUUGGCUUUGUGGGUUGCCGGGCACUCUGCCUGAAAGGCAUCAUGGGAGUACGGGAUUUUGAAGAAAACAUGAACCGACUCGAUGAGGAUGCAGUGUUCUUCAGCUGUGGGGACAGCCUACGCAGCAAAGGCAUGACGUACCUCACCAACUCUCUCUUUGACUACCGCAGUCCAGAGAACAACGGCGUCCGGGCUGAGUUCAUCCUGGAUACCACUAAUCACAAGGAGGCCUAUACGGAGAUAGCAGGCAUGCAGCGCUUUGGUGCUUUCUACAUGGAUUACCUCUACACAAUGGAGAACAGCAGCGCCAAAGGCUCUCAGGACUUCUCGGUGGUGAGUACGGAGGAGGUGGUGCCCGCUGUCCAAGAGACAUCCAUCAAGAGGCUGGUGGUGGGACCUCUGGACGUCAGGCUGAAUGGCAGCGCUGUCCACCGCAUCCUCAAGAUGGUCACCUGUGCCAUGGACCACGAGUACGAGCCCUACUGCAAACCACAGCAAGACGUGGUUGAAGAGAGCCACGGUGCAGCGACUCCAGAGGAGAUAUCAAGCUUAGAGGAGUUCAUCCCGACUAGACUGACGUGUCUCACUCUGCUCCAAGUCUCAGUGACCGUCUCCAUGGCUGAGUUCAACCUCCUUCACACACUAAUGCCAGUCAUCAUGGGAUGCAAGAGCGCACCGGCGCCCGUCAACGUCGCCGCGUUCCAGCCGGUGCGCCCUCUACCUGCCGUGCAGUUCCUGGUGGAAAGGGUGAAUGUCGAGCACUCGGUGCCCAUGUACGCUCCAGAGCUGGUCAGCACCAUCAGCGGCCUCAGCCAGCCCUCUGACAACCUGCUCCAUCACUGCUACGCACACCUCUACCUCAAGGUGUUUGGGUUCCAGGCAGGCUUGACGUGCCAGGACAGUACGGGAGGUUUCCUGCCUCUCAUCCCCAUCAUCCCUUCCUUCAGCACUGCACUCUACGGGAAGCUCAUCCAGAUGCCGGCACACUGGAGCAAAAGGUCUUCCGUCCCUACCACAGAGUGCAUUUUUGAGCUCCCCCACUUCGUCGUCCAGGCCACGAGGGCCCAGACGCUUCUGCUCCAGGCGAUCUGUCAGAGCUGGACCCACAGCGUGGUCAACGGAGCCCCGUCGACCCUCAGCGAAAGCCUGCUCCGCGAGGUGUACAAAGCUCCAGGUGUGAAGUCUCCGGGCCCGUCACCGACCCUCGAGGGCUCCGUCCAAAACCUGGAGCUGAAGCUCUGCAGCCGUGCGACGGUGAAAUGCGCCUCGGGAACCGUGGGAGCCGUAAAAGUGUGUGCCAGGACCCCAGGUUCGGGAGAGGGUGUUAAGGAGAAGCUGGUUCCUUUGAUUCAGGGCCCAUCUGACACCAAAGAACUCCACAUGAGCCGCUGGCUCAAUGAGAUACGCAAACCUGAAUCUCUGCUGGCUCCUGACCUGCUGGCCUUCUCCGUUCAGGUCCCUCAGCAAGGAGACGACUGCAGGAACUCAGGUGCGAUCCUGCUGGUCAGUGUCCAGGGCAUAUCUGUCAACGUGGACCCGGUGUUCUGCACGUGGCUGCUGUACCAACCUCACCGAGGGAUCGGCAGGCAGCAGCAGACUCCAGGUUCAGUCCCUCUGGCCAAGAGGAGAGAGGACGAGGCGUCGGUAGGGAGCACCCCGCUGGCCAAAGAGCCGUCCAAUCAGGCGUCAGACUACGCCAGCAGCCCGGUCAAAACCAAAACGGUGACAGAAUCCCGCCCCCUGUCCAUCCCAAUGAAGGUGAUGCCCGACACCACAGGGGGGGAGUCCUGGACAACCUCCGAGGAGAGAAUGAAGGAGCUCAUCGCCCAAGCCUGGGAUGUUGUCAAACGCCUUACUCUACAGCUGGAGCUGCAGUCGUGCUGCGUGUUCCUGCCCAACGACAGCCUCCCCUCCCCGAGCACCAUCAUUUGCGGCGACAUACCCGGCACCGUCCGCAGCUGGUACCACAACCAGGCCUCCAUGCCCGGGACCCUGGUGGUGUGCCUGCCGCAGAUCAGCGUCCUCAGCGCUGGGCACAAGUACAUGGAGCCGCUGCAGGAGCUCCCCUUCGUGGUCUCCAAGCCCAUCCUGGAGGAAGGUGACGCCUUCCCGUGGACGGUCAGCCUGAUACAGUUCAGCGUGUACACGUUGCUGGGACAGCAGCGGAGCCUGAGCCUGCUGGAGCCCAUGGGCUGCACCUCCACGCUGGCCGUCACCUCCCACAAGCUGCAGAGCUGCUCCGAGGGGGGACACUCCUUCGUGGUCUGCCUCCACGCCGAUCUGCAACCCGUCCAAGUCAAGUGCUCCAACCCUCAGGUUCAGCUGUUGUACGAGCUCCUGCUCAGCUGGACCUCCACGUGGGCUCGUCUUCAGAGGCACGGCAUCCUGCGACAGACCUCCAGCAUCCCGGAGCCGCCCGCCGGUGGUGCCGCCCCGUCGUCCCCGGUGCGCAGCAGUGCCGGCACCGCGCUGCCGGACACCAGCACCUGCAGCCCGUCUGCAGAUUUUGGCUCCCCCACCGAGGGCGACUCGGUGCCGGCUGGAGAUGACGGCCUGUUUGCCGACACUGUCACUCUGGAGCAGAAAACUAGCAGCAUCGGAGGCACCAGCGGGAAGGUCAGCCUUUGGAUGCAGUGGAUGUUACCCAAGGUCACAGUCAAACUGUUUGCUCCCGACCAAGCUGCUAAAAACACAGAGAUCUGUGUCAUCGGCGAACUAGAAGACCUGAGUGCCUCAGUGGAUGUCCAGGAUGUCUAUACAAAGAUCAAAUGCAAAGUUGGCAGCUUCAACAUCGACCAGCACAGAUGCAGGCCAGGGCAGGGCUUGCUCUCUGGCUACUAUGAAGGACUCAUUCUGCAGUGCAAGGAGGCCGCCGUGACUGCAGCCAAAGUCCUGGAGGGCUCCCACCAGCAGCACGGCUUUCUGUCCAUCACGUACACCCAGGCCGUCACCAAAAACGUCCGUCACAAACUCACCACCCGGCCCGAGCGGCCGGCGCGUGGCGGCGCCACCACCGCCAGCCAGCGGCUGACCGCGGACCCCCUGGCGGACAGCGCGCCUCAGUACCUGCGAGAGAUCCUACUGACAGCACAGCCCUUCGAUGUGGUGCUCUCCUGUCCCUUAUUGGCCACCGUAGCGGGGGUGUUCCAAGCCACGGUACCAAGGCGCUACAGGGAGCACAGGAAGUCCACCGGUCAGCCGAUGAGAAGCCACACUCUGACCUCCCGGUGUCUGCCUCUCAUGUACAUCAACACCAGCGUGAUCCGGGUCUUCUGCCCCGGGUCACCGGACAAGCACGCGGCGUCAGAUCCCCAGGUGAAGAGAGAGGACACCCUGGUCUUAAAGCUGGGCUCCCUCAGCAUGGCUCCUCAGGCCGAUAACCCCCUGACCCGCACCGUGCUGAGAAAAGACAUCUACCAACGUUCGCUGCACCUCGGCAUCCUCCGCGACCCGGGCUCAGAGGUGGAGGACCGGCAGUAUCAGGUCGACCUCCAGUCCAUCAACAUCGGGACGGCUCAGUGGGAGCAGCUCAAGCCAGAGAAGGAGGGAACCAAAGGAGGGGUGUCCGCGGAGAGUGAGAGGAGCUCGCAGAACCCGGCCCUGGAGUGGAACAUGGCCAGCAGUAUCAGGAGGCACCAGGAGCGGCGGGCCAUCCUGACGCCCAUCCUCACUGACUUCUCUGUGCGGGUCACUGGUGCCCCGGCCAUCAUCUGCAGCAGGAACCUGUCCCCUGACUGUGGACAGGCAGAGGAGGUGGUGGUGUGUGGCCACUCUCUGGAGGUGAACGUGACCAGCAGUCUGGAUUUCUACCUCAGCGUGGCCCAGGUCCAGCUCCUGCAGCAGCUCCUCAGAGAAAACAUGGUGGGGAUGGACGCCCCUGAGAGGAGCUCUGAGGUGCGUCGAUGCGAGCAGAAGCGCGGCCGCCGCGACCCCACGGCGGCCGGCGACUCUUCGUCGCGCCACAGCGGGACCGGGCAGGACAGCGGCUUCGGCAGCGACAGCGCCCGCAUCCGCAUCGUCCAGAUAGAGCAGCAGAGCGGCGCCAGCCACCACUGCAUCGUCCGGCCCUCCCGCAAGUCCACCAUCACCAAGAACCUCAGCUUCAUCCCUUUCGACAUCUUCCUCACCGCCGGCAGGCUGUCCGUCAUGACCUACGCUUGCUCCAGCAUCCCGAAGGCCCCUCCCUCGUCGUCGGACAACCCCGGCACACCGGAGAAGAGGGAGCCCGGGGACAAGGUGGGAAAAAGUGCCCUCAACCACCCAGAGGUCCCGCCCGAGUCUCCUCCGGUUUCAGCCUCCCCCACUCCAGAACCGGUUCCGGACGCCCAGGGUUCCCUCGCCGGCCUCACCGCCGAAGACAUCCUCAACAGCAACAACUCCCGACCGGCCUCUCCACUGCUGAAGGGCGGCCUGCUGUCCCUCGUCGGCCUGCCGACUCCCAGCCGCUCUUCGGCCCGCCAAGCGCUGGGCGUGACCAUAGUGAGGCAGCCGGGGAGGAGAGGGGCCGGGGACCAGCUGCUCGAACCCCUCCUCUACAUCCAGGUGAUGCAACCCUCGGCGCAGCUCAGCUGUCACCACCGCAAGCAGAGGAUGGAGCUUUCUGUGUUCGACGUGGCCUUGAGAGGGGUGGCCUCUGACUACAAGUGCUUAGACCCAGGAAAGACUCUGCCAGAGUCUCUGGACUACAACGUGUUUUGGCUGCAGACGGUAUCGGGAGAAUCGGACAGUAAGACGGGCAUCCCUCCCCCUCUGCUCUGCCUCCAGAUCAAAGAUUUCCUCAAUGGACCGGACGCAGGCUUUCUUCUUGACGAGAGUCAAGCGUCGAAGCCGGCUCCAGAAAUCAAAGGUGGGGUGGGAAUGAAAACAAUGUACACGCACAUACCCAACGCCAGGUUCAAACGAAAGCUGGAGCAGGCCAAAGCCUACCUGAAGAAAGUGCUGCCAAACCACACGUGGGACGCCUCCGGCACCCCCCCGUCUGCCCCCUCCACCCCUCACUCCUCCCCGGCGAAGCCCAGGGCCUUUUCCUCUCGCUCGGAGCCUCACCACCAGGCCUCUGCCCCGGGGGAAGCCAGCAGCGUCGGGGCCCCGGCGCUGUCCUUCCACAAGGUCUCCCUCCACACCGCCCAGAUAGUCGUCGUCAUGGAGACGGAGGCCCAUCCAAUGAGGCCCAGCGUGACGGUGACGUUGUCGACCAUGACGGGAAGUGUGAACAUGAAGCCAGGGCUGAGGAUAGAGGAUGCGGUGCAGGCCGCGUCCGUGCGGCUGGAGCUGCGGGAUCUGUCGGCGAGGACGGGGCUGAGGGAGCGAAGCCGCCUCCUGCUGGGGCCGUUCUCCUGCAGCGCCUCCCUGGAGGCCCGCUGGUGUCGGCACAGCGGCAGCCCCGGACCCGAGCCCGGCCCCCCGAAGCUGCUGCUGGACCUGAAGGGAGGCCUGCUGCAGGUCUUCUGGGGCCAGGAACACCUGAGCUGCCUGAAGCUGGUCGAGGAGCACCUGAGGGCGUACCUCAACCUCCAGAAAUGUGCCGAUCCAGAUCCAUCGGAGAACCGUUCCAAGGGCAAGGCCUGCCACAUCCAGCCGCCACCUUCCCCGGGCUCUCCCUCCCCUCGGACGGAGCACAGCUCAGAUGACCUGCGCACGGGGCAUUUCCAAUACAUCCAGGACUCAGCUUCCCAGAGACUGCCGGGGCCCCAUGAGGUGGUGUUCUACAGCGAGACGGAGGACAGCCCGGGGGUGAUGCUGUGGAGGUACCCCGAGCCCCGCGUCCUCACCUUCGUCAGGAUAACCCCCGUCCCUUUCAACACCACGGAGGACCCUGAGAUCAGCACUGCCGACCUGGGGGACACCCUGCAGGUACCGUGCAGCCUGGAGUACUGGGACGAGCUCCAGCAGACCUUCGUCCCGUACCGGGAGUUCAGCCUCUCGGAAAGCAGCGCGUGCCAGCUGCAGCUGCCCAGCCUCAGCCUCACCGACCAGCAGAAGGAGCUGGUGGCCUCAGACCUGUGGAGGAUAGUCCUCAACCACAACAACGGAGAGGGAGGAGAUGAGCAGAGCUCGGAUAGUGAGUCUGGGUCCCAGCUGCCCUGCGAUCAGUUGGUGUCCCCCAUCGCAUUGGCGGCCUGCACCCGCGUGGACUCCUGCUUCGCCCCCUGGUUUGUCCCCUCCCUGGGCGUGUCCCUUCAACUUGCGCAGCUGGACAUUCACCUCUGUCACCAUCUGGAACAGCUGGGCACAGUUCCACCGCGACAGCUUCGUCCUUUCCUGCCAGACAGGAAGUUGCCUCAGGAGCAGGAGUUCAUGGUGAGUGGCGCUCGGGAGCCGCGGGUCUUCCUGCGCCAGUGGAGCAGCGGGCCACGUCAGUGUCAGGAGUUCAACUUCUCCACCCAGCUGGACUGCAAGCUGCUGGAGUAUCGGAACCUGACACACUUCCAGCUCCUCCAGCCUUGUGUACUGCAGGGCCAAGCUGCAGCCACAUGCUUCCCCCAGAACACCACACUGGAUGUGAAUGUUUUUGUGGACCCGGUGUUCCUUAAUAUCAGCCAGUAUGCCAUCCACACCGUGGAUACUGCCCUGCACAGCUGGCAACAGAGUGGGAAACCGGAGGCAGAGGAGCUGGUCUUCAGCCACUACGUGAUCUGUAACGACACCCACGAGACGCUGCGCUUUGGCCAGGUAGACACGGAUGAAAAUGUGCUGCUGGCCAGCCUCCACAGCCACCAGUACAGCUGGAGGUCCCACAAGUCCCCUCAGCUGCUGCACAUCUGCAUCGAGGGAUGGGGGAACUGGCGCUGGUCCGAGGCCUUCAGCGUGGACAACGUAGGGACCCUGCUGAGGACCAUUCAGUAUAAGGGACGCACAGCUUCACUCAUCAUCAAGGUGGUGCAGCUCAACGGUGUCCAGAAACAGGUAAUAAUCUGCGGCCGGCAGGUGAUGUGCAGCUACCUGACUCAGGACAUCGAGCUGCGGGUGGUGCAGCACUACGUGGGGCCCGACGGCCAGACGGUGGUCAGGGAACACUGCGACUGCCUGGAGGCCGGAGCCAAGCUGCCCUCGUACGUGCUGGAGGACGCCGAGAUGACAGAGCUGUGCGUGAGGGCCAGGGGAGAUGAGGACUGGUCCCAAGACGUUCAGCUGGAGAGGAGGGAGAAGGGCAACGGCAGCUCUGUUGUGCAGGUGCCUUGCUCCAGUGGGUCUUUGCUCUAUGUUUGGUGCACUCUUAUCACAAUUGAACCUGGCUCUCACAUGCAGCAGAGAGUGGUGGUGUUCAGUCCACUGUUUGUCAUGAAGAGCCACCUGCCAGAUCCAGUAACCGUCCACAUAGAGAAGAGGAGUCUCGGGCUGAGAGAGAGCCAGCUGAUAUGCGGCCAUGGCCACCAGGAGCCCCUGUUGAACACAGAGGCCGACCUCACCCACCACCUGACUUUCCAGGCCAGGGAGGAUGAAGACGCCUCCCACUGCGCCGUGCCGAUCUCCACCGGCCUGAUCAAGCAGAUCGUCAACAAGAGCGGAGGCGAGGACAACCUGGAGCACAUCCUGGCCGACUUCUACGGUGCGAGGCCCUCCGCCGGGCCGCCGUGGCCCUACGCCGCCAGUGAUGCUGACAGGCCAGUGCUGGAGCCCCUGGCCCAGUGGGACAGUCCCAUGCAGGUGAAGUUGUCCUGCUGGAAGUCCGGGCUGAACACCCUGCUGGUGGAGCUGCUGCCCUGGGCCCUGCUGGCCAACCACUCCCAAUGGGACCUCUGGCUCUUUGAGGGAGAGACCAUCGUGCUGCAGAUACCAGCCGGCAAGGUCAUUGUGCCCCCCAACUUCAAGGAAGCCUUCCAGAUAGGCAUCUACUGGGCCCACACCAACACUGUCCACAAGUCCACGGCUCUCAAACUGGUCCACGACCUAACUUCUCCCCGAUGGAAGGAGGGAUCCGGCUCAGACGUGGUCACCCUGGACGAGGAGGGCUAUGUAGAGGCCGACAUUACCCUGGGAGCCUUUCCCGGUGGGCAGAAGCUGUGUCAGUUCUGCGUGUCGUCCGCGGUGAGACACGGCAUCCAGAUCCUCCAGAUCGAGGACAGAACCAUUAUUGUCAACAACACCCCGUACGCGGUCCAGUGCAGGCCUCUGCUGGCCGCCCAUCCGCUGGGAACUGACGACCAGGCCUGUGAGCUACCAGAGACGGCACGGUUCAGCCUGGCUCCCUGUGAGGAAUUGUCCCUGGCUAAACCCUGCUCCGUGCCAUGCUGGGACCUCCUCCAAACCAGUGUCCAGGGAACGGUGGCGUUCCCUCUGCCGCGCAAACACAUGCUCUUCAGCUUAUUUCCCGGGCACGAUGGCGGAGCGGGAUCUGGAUCUGCGGCAUGGAGCCUCCCCGCUGCCGUCCGACCAGACUUUCCCAGGCAGAGUUUGUCCGUUCCCGGGGAAGCGGACUCCGGGGGUGGCCUGAGCAGCAGAGGCAUAGUUCUGACAUAUCAGGAGCACCUUGGGGUGACAUACAUCAUCCUGAACGAGGACCCCUGUCCUCGGAUGCUGAUCCAUAACAAGUGUCCUAUCCCAAUUCUGCUUAAGGAAACGGUCAAAGAAACUCCGAGGACUGAGGUUCACUGCCGUCCUCUGCCUGCCAAUUGCUCCUUGCACCAUGAGCUCUACCACCACUUUUCCAGUUUCCCAGAGUGCAGGCAGAAGGAAACGCUGCCCGCACUUCUACUGAAAACCCCCUCGGACCACGGCUCCACCGCCUGGACCGACCCCAUAGACGUCAACAGCCCCGGCACUCAGGUGGUCUUCCUGCCAGGCUUUGGCUGUCUCUACAUAGACGUGGUGUACGAGAGAGGCACUCUGGUUCUGUCUCUGGCCCCAGAGGGCAGCGUGGACGCUGUCAUCAACCAGCACAACAGGCCUGCUCAGCUGUCCUGCAGAGUCCUCCUCAGCGAAGCCAGUGUGGUGUUGAGCGAUGACAUCACCAACCCUUCUGGAUCCGUGGAGCUGCUCAGACUCACGUUGACCAAGCUGCUCCUCACCCUGGCUCCGGUGCCGCCCCCCUCCCCGCCCCGGGAGCUGGCGGCUGACCCUGAUUUGGGUGCGGCGGCGGCGGCGGCAGCGGCCGUCUCCGCCCUGAUGCCCGGCGGCGCCUCUCUGAUCGAGGUCCACUGCUCCAGUCUGCAGGUCGACAACCAGCUGUACAACCGGGCGAGUUUCCACUUCCCCGUGCUGCUGUGCCAGGAUCAGCGAGUCGGAGCUGAUCCCGGGGGUCCGUGGAGCAACGACGUCAACCCCACGGAGUCCCCCGAAGCCCUGGAGGAGUUCAAACGCUCUUGUUUCCUGCAGCUGACGAUGACGCUGGCCGGGGACGGAUGCACUGCGGAGGAGAUCACCUUCCAGCUCCAACCUGCCAGAGUGUACCUUGAAGACACCUUUGUUUACUACAUUAAGACCCUGUUCCACACCUACAUCCCUGACGGCGCCAUGGCCUCAGCCAGAGUGGGGACCCAGAAGAGGAGCACAGAGUCCGGAUCGGCCCCCAUCCUCCCUGAACAGGUGCGCCAGUCAGUGCAGGCGCUGGUCCACCCGGUGCGGCUGCAGAGGCUGACCAUCCAGCCAGUCAACCUGUUGGUCAGCAUCCACGCCUCCCUCAAGCUGUACAUCGCUUCGGACCACACCCCUCUCUCCUUCUCGCUGUUUGAGAGAGGGCCGCUGUGCACCACGGCCAGACAGCUGGUCCACGCUCUGGCCAUGCACUAUGCUGCCGGAGCCCUCUUCAGAGCCGGUUGGGUGGUGGGAUCUUUGGAGAUCCUGGGCAGUCCUGCCAGCCUGGUGCGGAGUAUCGGCAACGGCGUGUCCGAUUUCUUCCGGCUGCCAUACGAAGGUCUGACGCGUGGGCCUGGAGCCUUCGUCAGCGGGGUGUCCAGAGGAACCACCUCCUUCGUCAAGCACAUCUCAAAAGGCACGCUGACGUCCAUCACCAACUUAGCGACAAGCCUGGCCAGGAACAUGGACCGCCUGUCUCUGGAUGAAGAGCACUACACCAGGCAGGAGGAGUGGAGACGGCAGCUUCCGGAGAGCCUCGGGGACGGACUGAGGCAGGGGCUGUCACGACUGGGCAUUAGCUUGUUAGGCGCAAUAGCGGGCAUCGUGGACCAGCCCAUGCAGAACUUCCAGAGGAACUGGGAGCUGCAGAGCUCCGCUGGGAGCAAGGCCAGAGGGGUCAUCUCUGGAGUGGGGAAAGGCAUUGUGGGGGUUUUCACCAAGCCCAUUGGAGGAGCGGCUGAACUGGUGUCCCAGACUGGAUACGGGAUCCUUCAUGGAGCCGGCCUGUGGCAUCUCCCUAAACAACUGUACCUGCCUACAGAGGAGAAGUCCGCCGAGGCCCCAAACAGCCACCUUAAAUAUGUCUGGAAGAUGCUCCAGUCUCUGGGGCGGCCGGAGCUCCACAUGGCCCUGGAGGUGACCAUCGUGACCGGGUCGGGUCAGGAGCACGCCGGCUGUCUGCUCCUCACCUCCGAGGUGCUGUUUGUGGUCAGCCUCAGCGAGGACACCCAGCAGCAGGCCUUUCCCAUCACAGAGGUGGAGUGUCAGCAGGAGCCGGGGCAGCAGGGCCAGCUCACCCUCACCUUGCAGCAGCAGACGGUAGCCAGCGACACAGAGGGUGACGGAGUUCGGGAGCGUCUGUCAGAGCAGCAGUACCGGCGGUUGGUGGACUACGUGACGCGGGCCUCCCAGUUCCUCUCCCCCUCCGCCGCCUCUCUCCAGCUGCAGCUCCCGGUGACGCUCGCGGAGCCGCCGCCCUCCGUCACCAAGUCGUACCGCUACCUGGUGGAUCCCGCCUUCACCAAGGUGUUUGUCAGCAAGUUCACUAUGGUGAAGAAUAAAGCCUUACACAUCGGAUUCCACUGAUACACACACACACCUGUGGAUUGAUGCUACAACAAAAAAAGGGAUAGUUUGUUAAAUUAAGCCUUAAGAAAUACACUCUACUCUGAAAAGAUAACAACAGAUAUCUUUUGCAUAAAUAUGUAGAGGUAAAAGAAGAAUUUAUUUUAUUAAAGUAAGUGCCCCAUGUCAUUUAUGCCUUAGGGAUGUGGCAAAUUCUUACAUGUAAAAUCUAGAUUCUUUUACAGAUACAAACAAGCUCAUCACAUGAGAAUCUGUUUUAGUCACAGAAACACAUGUAAGUUCAGACAUUUCCCCGAGCACACACCAUAAUAAACACUAAAACAAAUAGAGUUGUGUCAACUUGAACCUUCUGGGACCAACGGUGUGUUCUCUUUCUGUCAGAGUUGCAGAACAUAACUAAUCUGCAGAAUGCGUCCUGGCGUUUACCUUCUCCGUGUCGUGACCGCGUCUCGUGCCAAUGUCGGGUACAAUAUCAUAUCCAUGGUGAUGGAUGCUAGAGAAACCAGCUGUCAACCAAAAUGUGUUGUUCUUUUAUAGACCAUGUAACGUGCGUGUUGUUGACACUGUUGGUUGUAACCUUACGUGGAUGCCAACCCCCUCGUGAUGCAAACAUGUUAUUGUUGCCUUUUAUAUUGUUGCAUCACUGAGCUCUCGCGGAUGCCUUUAUUAAUGUAUGUAAAUGGAUAAUAUAUUAAUAGAGAAUCAUUUUAAUAAAAACAUAAAACAUGAGAAA